GCUGUUCAACUAAUAACAGCUAAUUUUAGGAUUUAUUUAUAUUUGAUAUAAGUGAUUAAUAGUUUAAAAAAUGAAAGCCGCCGGAAACUUCCUCACACUCGCAUUUGUCGUCUGCUGCGGUCUCUCUUUUGGCUUCGUCAACGGCUUGAAAUGCUAUUCCUGCGUAAGCUCCUAUGAUUGCAGAUCACCGAGAAAGGUGGACUGCACCUACCAGUUGGCCAGUGCGACUUUGAAUCAUCUGAACUACUAUUAUCUGAAUGUACCGAGCGCCAACACCACGAGGGAUAUGAAUUGUUUACGUGAUUGGCUGCAGACACCGAGUGGACCCGUUGAACACUGGGGUUGCACAUACAGCAGCGUUUAUGGCUGCACUUACAGCGUGCGCCCACAAUUCCAACAGAACUCCACGCGCUCUUGCCUUCAAUGCAACCGGGACGGCUGCAAUCCCGCCGCGCGUGCUGGCGUCAGUUUACUCACAGUCGUGUCCGCAAUAAUUGUGACUGUGUUGGCGUCAGCGGUGUGGUGCAAGUGAAAUUGUUUAAAGCGAUUAGCAAUUAACCGUUUAGAGUGCUUACGUAUCUAUUUAUUGUGUGUGUGGUAUAUGUAAUGCCUUAUCGAUGUGAAAUGAUAACGAACAAUAUGAGAAUUGAAAGCGAAUAUAUUGGGACAGUGCCGCCAUAAAUAAUAAUUUUCUGAGAUAAAAAAAAUUAAAACAAGCAUGUGGGGUCUUGGCUUUGCUUGAUGUCGUUGUUAUGUGUAUGAAAUAUAAAUUUUAUAUUUUGGAGUUGCCACCGUUUAAUUAAAUAACUUAAAAACAUUUAAAGACUUAAGGCGUUGUAAUGAGCCCAGAUCAUAAAUUAAUAAAAAGUUUUCCAUAAAUUGAA